AUGACUAUUAAGCUAGUUUUUGGAGGUUUUACUUUGAACAUAAUCAGUGCGUACGCACCCCAAGUAGGCUUGGAUGAGGAGUUCAAGAGGUAUUUUUUGGAGGAUUUGGAUGAGAUGGUGCGUGGUAUCGCGCAUACCGAAAAGCUUUUCAUUGGAGAAGAUUUCAACGGCCACAUUGGAGCGAUGUCGGGGGAGGGGGGGUAUGAUGAUGUGUAUGGUGCCUUUGGUUUUAGAGAUAGAAACGGAGGAGGAACAUCUCUGUUGGACUUUCCUAGAGCAUUUGAUUUGGUGAUAGCAAACUCGAGUUUCCCAAAGAAGAGUGAGCAAUUGGUCACCUUCCAGAGUUCGGUGGCCGAGGCUCGGAUUGAUUAUUUACUCUGUAGGAAGUCCGAUAGAAGUCUUUGCGCAUUGCAAGGUCAUCCCGAAGAAGACGCGAUAGAGGUAUUAGGGGUCUCAAAGGGUUACUCUAGUGGUUACAAGGGAGACUGGUGGUGGAAUGAAGAGGUGCAAGGAAAAGCGGAAACCAAGAAAGUGGUGUAUCUGAAGCUAGUGGAAAGUGUAUACGAGGAGGAGAGGAGGGUGAAUAGGGAGCAAUAUAAGUUGGCUAAGAAAGAGGCAAAGCUAGCAGUUAUGGCAGCCAAGACUGCAACCUUUCUUCAUUUGUAUGAGGAACUCAAGGGCCAAGGUGGGGAUAAGAGGUUGUUCAGGUUAGCCAAGGCGCGAGAAAAGAAGGCUUGUGACUUGGACCAAGUGAAGUACAUCAAGGACAAAGAAGGUAGAGUUUUGCUAGAUGAGGGGCUUAUCCGUCGGAGAUGGAAUACCUACUUCAAUAGUCUCUUGAACAAGGGUGGGAGGGGGAUAGGAACAUUGUACAGGGAAGAUUAG